GCAAGGCAUGGUACUAAGGCAAGGCCAUCAUUUUCAAGAGCGAAAAUAUCACAAUUCGCACUGCGAAUUACAAUUAUUUCACAGUACCUACACUUGUGAGUUGCGGUCGUGAGUUCGUGACUAGUGAACGUGAUUCGAUUCGUGUACUGAGAGUGCGCAAAGAGUAUUAAAAAGUAAAUUACAAAGGCAAGGCAUCAAGCGAAAACUGCAACCUGAAUUUAGACUUUAGUUAACGAGCUGUUUUAGGUGCUUUUAGAAAUGUUGCGUGUUUUUAGAAAGCCUGUUACUAAUAGCUUAAAAUGCCAAGCUGAAAGACAUUUAAAAGGCUUUUCAACAGUAGGACAAGCAGAGCCAUGUAAACCAGAAAUAAAAACCUCUGUCCCUGGGCCAAAAACAAGAGCAUUACUUCAGGAACUGUCAUGUUUACAGCAAGCAGGUUCGGUUCAGUUGUUUGCUGAUUACGACAAAUGCAUCGGCAAUUAUUUUGUUGAUGCGGACGGAAACACAUUUUUGGACUCAUUCACGCAAAUAUCAUCGAUACCAAUCGGAUACAAUCAUCCAGCGUUGUUGAAAGCUUUUGAAGAUAAACACAAUCUUAGAUCGCUCGUCAAUCGUCCUGCUCUCGGCGUGUUUCCGGCAGUGGAUUGGCCUCAAAAACUAAGAGAUGUCUUAAUGGGAGUCGCGCCUCGGGGCCUUGACGCCGUUACGACAAUGAUGUGUGGCUCCUGUUCCAACGAAAAUGCAUACAAAAAUGUAUUCAUGUGGUACCGUUUUAAGGAACGGGGAGAAAAGGCUGACUUUACGCCCGAGGAGAUGGCGUCUUGUAUGGCUAAUCAGCCACCUGGCUCUCCCAACUUGUCCAUUUUAUCUUUUAAGGGUAGUUUUCACGGUCGUACAUUCGGUGCCUUGUCCACUACGAGAUCGAAACCAAUACACAAGCUGGACUGUCCCGCCUUUGAUUGGCCAGUCGCCCCGUUCCCCAGAUACAAAUAUCCGCUCAACCAAUUUAAAUCGGAAAAUCAGGAGGAAGAUAACAAAUGUCUGGAGCAAGUAGCUGAUGUGAUAGAGAAGUAUAAAAAGAAAGGAUGUCCAGUCGCCGGAGUUGUCGUGGAACCUAUUCAAUCGGAAGGCGGCGACCAUGAAGCGUCACCUGAAUUUUUCCAAAAACUCCAACAGAUUUGUCAAAAUAGUGGCGCGGCGCUGAUCGUGGACGAGGUGCAGACGGGCGGCGGGCCCACGGGCCGCAUGUGGUGCCACGAGCACUUCGGCCUGCGCGCGCCGCCCGACAUCGUCACCUUCAGCAAGAAGAUGUUGACUGGCGGCUUUUAUUUCAAAAUCGAGAAAAAGCCCGCGCACCCAUACAGGGUAUUCAACACGUGGAUGGGAGACCCAGGCAAAUUAAUUUUGUUGGAAAAAGUAUUGGAAGUAAUUAAGAAUGAAAAUCUACUUUCCUUGGUUAAUGAAACUGGGAAAAUCCUCAAGGACGGUUUGCACAAGUUGGAGAACGAAUUUCCUCAUGUGAUCAACAGCGUGCGUGGACGUGGCACAUUCUUAGCAUUUAACUCUACCAGUACGGAAUGCAGGGACAGAAUUGUUGCGGAUUUAAAGAAAAAUGGUGUCUUGGGCGGAGCUUGUGGAGAGGACAGUGUUCGCCUCAGACCGGCCUUAGUGUUCGCGCCUAAGCAUGCUGCAAUAUAUCUAGACAUUCUACGGAAAACUUUAAAAGGCAUAUAAGUAUAUGUAAUAUGUAUAUAAUGUACGUUCACUUGUAGUACACCACAAACGCUUGGUCGCAAAAAUCUAGGACAAUUUACCAUAAGUCUUUACCUAGAUAUUAUAAGAAUUGUUUGUGAUAUUAUGAUUAGUAAUUGGUAACCAAAAAGUAUUUUGAAGUAUUAAAAUUGAAUUUGCCUAGUUUGAAAAAAUAAAUAGUUAGGUAUACCUGUUUAUCCGCACAAGAUGCUCAUUACAAUGUGGUUAUUUACAUUUUGUUGUGAUAUACAGUAUUAUAGCACUUAAGAUUUAAUUUUAUUACAAUUUUUUUUUAUUUUUCAAGUGCCAUAUCCAGUAAGCCAUUUAGGUUGUAAAUGUUUAUUUACUAUAACAGCAUUUAUUAUACAAUUAUUUAAGUUCUUUUUUAGAAUUGUGUAAUAAUGAGGUAUUUUCCUAUGUGAUAAUAAUAUAAAUCGCAUGCCUCAAAUCAGUCUUCCAAUAGUAAUAAUAGCAAUUAAUGUUAAAAUAAUUAGAAUAAUACUUUACUCUAUAUGCUAUUCAAUAAAGACACGCUUUUACAUAUUAAAUGUA